AAGGGAAGAAAAGUGAUGGACAGGAUCGUUCAGCAUGUCCCUCUUUUAAAUGGUAUCCCCAGAUGGACUGUCGUGAAUCUGCCACGUGUACAGUGGAGAGAUGGCGCAACCAUUUUCCGGUUCUUGAAGCUCUACCGUAUCGUCUUCUAUCCAAGCUUGGCGAUGGCGACACUCUCUCUCACCCAUUUCUCUUCCUUUUCUUCUCCUUCUUCUUCUUCUUCUUCUUCUUCGAAGCCAUUGCAUUGCAUUUGUCAAACGCCUUAUCUAUCUCUGCAAACCUUAAAACGAGAGCAGCUGUUGUUGAAGAAGCUGUGGAAGCGGAAUACAAAGACGCUGGCCAUCAUCCACCCCAUCUUCUUCUUCAAUGCCAGUCUCGUAGAAAGGCCUGUGGACACUCAGACCUUCAUCAUCACCGUCAGUGUAGUGGCCGCCAUCGCCCUCUCCCUCUUCUUAGGUCUCAAGGGGGAUCCCGUUCCAUGUCGGAGGUGUGCUGGUAAUGGUGGCACAAAAUGUGUUUUCUGCAAUGAUGGCAAAAUGAAGCAAGAAACAGGACUGGUUGAUUGUCGGGUAUGCAAAGGUGCAGGUUUGAUACUCUGCAAGAAGUGUGGGGGUUCUGGAUAUUCAAGGCGUCUAUAAGAGCUGUGUAGCCUAAAGAAGUUACAUGCCCUCAAUUUGUAUUUUGUAAAUGAGUAGCCUACACGGUGCAGUCCGGCUUCAUUUGCCUCUUGAAUCAUUCAUUGAACAUCUGAUAAAAGGAUGACAAGAAAAUUGCAAUUACAUUUCAAAAUUUUUGAGUUGUCUGAUUCA